GGUAUGAAAGCUGGAGGGAGCUGGCUAAGGCUCUGGAAGACACAAAUGUCCCAGGUGGGGGCCCAAGCGUUCAGUUUUACUAUCCACAGAAGCUGAGACACCAGAACCAAGAGCUGCAAAGAGGUGGGAGGAAUAAAUCGAGUUAUGCAGCUGUGGACAACCCUGUCCCAUGGAUGCCGGAGUUCCAGGGCCAGGCCAAUCUGCAUGUGUUUGAAGACUGGUGCGGCAGCUCCACUGAGCAGCUCAGGAAAAACCUUCACUUCCCCCUCUUCCCCCAUACGCGGACUACUCUGAAGAAGCUGGCUGUGUCCCCAAAGUGGACCAACUACGGGCUCCGGAUAUUUGGCUACCUGCAUCCUUUCACUGAUGGGGAGUUUCAGUUUGCCAUUGCUGCGGAUGACAAUGCUGAGUUCUGGCUGAGUCCAGAUGACAAGACCUCUGGUCUCCAGCUGCUGGCCAGUGUAGGCAAGACGGGGAAGGAGUGGACGGCACCAGGGGAGUUUGGGAAAUUUCACAGCCAGCAGUCAAAGAUGGUGAGGUUGUCAGCUGCAGGCAGGUACUAUUUUGAGGUGCUGCACAAGCAGGAUGACAGAGGAACAGACCAUGUGGAAGUAGCAUGGAGACUGAAUGACCCAGAGGCGAAGUUCAAAGUCAUUGACUCCCAAUAUCUCUCCCUUUUUGCUAAUGAGACACUUUUAAAGAUGGAUGAGGUUGGGCAUAUCCCGCAGACACUGGCCAGUCACACGAGGCGGCCUGCUGACAGGGCAGGCAGCAAGGCACACCCAGCUGACAUGUUGAAGCCUGACCCCCGGGACACUCUGUACAAAGUGCCUCUGCUCAGCAAGUCUCGUGUGCACCGAGCCUUGCCAGACUGCUCCUACAAGCCCAGCUACGUGGUGAAUGGAUUUCCUCUGCAGCGAUACCAGGGACUCCAGUUUGUUCAUUUAUCCUUUGUUUACCCGAAUGAUUACAGCCGCCUGAGCCACAUGGAGAAAGACAACAAAUGCUUCUAUCAGGAAAACCCUUAUUACUUGGAAAGAUUUGGAUUCUACAAGUACAUGAAAAUGGAUCACCCACAGAAAAGCCUGGACUCUGGAGAAAAGACAGAGCAGCCAGGCUCCCAGGAGAGGAACCUGGACGAUCUGCAGUACGCAGAGCAGGACGUGGAGGGUACCAGUCCCCCAGGCCUGGAGAGGGCAGGGCCGGCAGGCAACACUCUCGGCAGCAUGGUGGGCAGCGAUAACGUUCAUGAGGACUAUUUCCUCUGGGAACGUCGUAGGCUCCUCUCAGUGACAGCUGGCAACAUGGAAGAGGGGCUGCAGAGAAGAAGGAUGAAGAGAUCUGGUGUCACAUCAGUCACACUGGCCUCUGCCAACCAAAGCCUCAGCCAGGCUGGCCUGGAAGGGAACCCAAUAAUGAAGAGAACCCGUUUAAAAGCUGGCAUCAAAGACAACUCUAGGAGCCCUCCGCAGCAUGCUAGGGCCAUCCAGGAGAGAGCACCUGUCAAAAAAGUGAACCCUCCUUCUGGGACCGUGUCUGAAAAGCAUCAGCCUUUCAGCAGCCCUAGGGACUCAGGAGUCAUGAUUCCCAAGGGGGUGAGAACUCGAGGGGACCUCAGCACCACUAGGGACAGGCUGCAGCCAGCAGGCACCGUGCCAGCUGGGGAGGGAGGCCCAGUCUCUGGCAAAGCUGGCAGACAUGCUGUGAGUGCUGCCAGCCCCAGCCAGCAGCCCAGGCUGUCCCACUGGCUGAACCAAGUGGAGUCCUACAUUGCCGAGCACAAGGCAGUGAUCAAUGGGGAGGUGGGCAAGGGAGAGGCACAGGUGGCAUCUCCUGUGCAGGUCAAGUCUGGACCUGAGGCAGCAGAUGAUGAAGAGGAAGAGGCAGAUGGGGAACCAGAGGAUGAAGAGGAGGAGGAUUUCAAUUACUUACCAGUGUUUGACCAGGCUGUGAACUGGGAGCAGACCUUCAGUGCAAGCAAUCUGGACUUCCAUAUGCUGCGCACAGACUGGAUUGACCUGAAAUGCAACACCUCAGGAAACUUGCUGCUAAGAGAAAAGGAGGCCCUGGAAGUCACACGUGUCUUCCUGAAGAAGCUCAACCAGAGAAGUAAAGGGCGGUUCCAGCUGCAGCGCAUCGUGAACGUGGAGAAGGAGGAGGAGAGGAAGAUGAGGAACCUGGCGUGGGGUCGGCGGCGGCACCUGAUGGCUGUGGCAGAUGAGCCAGAGCUGUGCUGGCCCCAGGGCUUUUCCUGGAACCACCGAGCUGUUGUUCACUUUGUGGUGCCAGUGAAAAACCAGGCACGCUGGGUGCUGCAAUUCAUCUCCGACAUGGAAGAGCUGUUCCGAGUCACUAAGGAUCCAUACUUCAACAUCAUCAUCACAGACUACAGCAGUGAUGACAUGGAUGUAGAGAAGGCUCUGAAAAGGUCUGCCUUGCACAGCUAUCGGUACUUGAAGCUGACAGGGAAUUUCGAGCGGUCUGCUGGGCUGCAGGCAGGGAUAGACCUUGUGACGGACCCGCACAGCAUCAUUUUCCUGUGUGACCUCCACAUCCACUUCCCAGCUGGAGUCAUCGAUUCAAUCCGGAAGCACUGCGUGGAAGGCAAGAUGGCCUUCGCACCCAUGGUCAUGCGGCUGCACUGCGGCAUGUCCCCACAGUGGCCUGAUGGCUACUGGGAGGUGAAUGGGUUUGGUCUCCUGGGCAUCUACAAGUCUGACCUGGACAAGAUUGGAGGCAUGAACACAAAAGAGUUUCGGGACCGCUGGGGAGGAGAGGACUGGGAGCUCCUGGACAGGAUCUUGCAGGCUGGGCUGGAAGUGGAGCGUCUCUCCCUGAGAAACUUUUUCCACUGGUUUCACUCGAAGCGGGGCAUGUGGAACCGGCGCCAGCUGAAGACACUGUAACCUUCAACUCCAGAGCUGCUCAGCAGCACCGUCCACCAUCUCGUCUUGACGUGCACUUUAUCAGGGCGCACAGCC